GUGCCUCCACACAAGCAAGGGGGAGGGUGUGGAGUGCCAAUGAAGUUUUGGCCUUAUUAGAAAUAUGGAAAGAACAAAAAUUGCAGAACAAAUUAAAAAAGAAUUACAGAAAUUUGGAUAUUUUUAAGGAUGUAGCUGAUGAAAUGGCAAAGAAAAACCAUGUCAGAUCUGCAGAGGAAUGCAGAAGCAAAUCCAAAAAAAUGAGAUUUGAGUAUAGAAAGGUUGUGAAACAUAAUCAGAGAAGUGGAAGCAACCCUAUUACAUGUCCCUUUUAUAGGGAACUAGAGGAAAUCUUUCAUGGGGAUGUUAGCAUCACCCCUCAUAGGUUAUCCCGAAGUCUUCAUUUUGAAAGGGAGGGUGAAACCACAAAUGUGACUGAGGAAACCGCAUCCACCUCCAUGGCUAACACAGGCGAUGGAGGCACCCAGGAAACAACUACCAGACAAGACAGUGAUGAAGGCAAGUAGCCCAUCUGUAAUGCCUGAAGAUUUCUGCUAUGUGCGUGACAACAUUAUUAUUUUGUUAAAAUAACAAAUGCUUUACUCUUUUUUUCCCCUUGAAUUUUUCAGAUUCUGAUGACACUUGUCUCGAUGACACAAUCAUUAGUAUACCUUUCACCAUUUUGGAAAGUGGACCUACGCAAAUAGCAGGUAGUAAUAUAUAAAUUUAUGUCAAUUUCUGGAUCUGUGUUCUGUUAAUAAAUAUAGUGAACCUGUAUAUGUGUUCAAAAUAAAUAACGUUGGUGUUUCAUGCUACACUUUGAAGGUGCGACUGGAGAACAAUUGGGAGACUUGGAAAGACGUGCAGAUGAUACAAGCGGUGGAACCGAUGUACGUAACGAUCCCGAUGAGGAACAGGAACAACCCAAUGUAUUGCUGUCUCCUGGAACAAGACUGCGAUCAAACAGGAACAGGAAUCGUCGCGCCAGAAGAGGAGAACAUAUUGCGCGCACUAUAAUGCAGAGUGCUAGUCGAGAGGCCCAACUUACCCGGAGAACACAGGAACGGUUCAUGGAAAUUGUACACGACAGCAUGAAAGACUGUAGGAGGACAGAAAUGGAACUUGUAAAUAUUAUGAAGGAAGAUGUAAGGAGAAGUGCACAGGACAGACAGAGAAUGUUGCAGUACAUGGAGACCAUGACUGAACUGUACCGGAGGAAAGUAGAUCAUGAAUGUUCACUUCCAACGGGGCAACAUGUUACUAUCGCCCAAGGAACUAUGCACACAUCAUUCAGGGCAUCUCCGGGUGAUAUUCCUCCCUCAACACCAGGCCCAGCUGUCUGUACAGAUUUCCAGGAGCAACCAUCCACAUCGUAUGUUGGUGGGCAAUGUCAAGGGAACAAUUCCCCUGAACUCUUUGAUGAACUUCCUCCUGCUUAUGCUCCUGAUGGUUGUCCUGUCACUCCUACUAGUAACAUUAUAGAUGAUGACAACACAGUAGAGAACAUCAACAGGGAUGUUCAGAAUGUUGUGGAAGUCACUGAUCCCCUUCAGAAUGAAGGCUGCAUUGGAACCGUGCAAUGUGUGAGCAAUGCUGGAACAUCUUCCUUGCAAUGUGCAGUUGCACCUCAACAAAAACAAAAUAAACCAUGCAGUUCUCGUACUGGGAGGAUAAUCAAGAAAAAAAAAUUAUUUUCCCCAUAA